AUGAGUAACGAAAAUCAGCAAAAGGAGUCUUUCAAGUUUUCUCAGGACUUGAACCUUGUCCCUGAUAUUUACGUUCCCGCCUGGAAGUCGAAUGUCAAACAUCAGAAGCAUUUCAAAGAACUUUGCGAAUUGAGCCACACUUGCGAUUCUACUCAUUGCGACACACUCUUCCUCAACAAACGAGAGAGACUCGAAAAAGAAGAAAUCUCAACUGAACUCCCUCCACGAAAACUCAACCACUCUAACGUCUCUCAUCUCUCCAAGUACAACGCCUUUCUGCGAUAUAGAAAGUAA